AUGGACCUUAAUGGACCUGCCCUCCAGCCUCCUGAAGGGGUGACUCCGAACUUUGACAACCCGCCCAACAAUAACAGACUUGCCUAUAUAGUGCUGACUCUGUGUGCUGUUGUUGCUACUAUUUGCCUUUUGUUGCGUCUCUAUGCGCGAGUAAUUUUGCUGCGGAAAAUUCAGAUUGAAGAAGUUCUUAUUACUCUUGCUUAUGGACCAUACUGGGGUGCAGUGUGGUCUGCAUAUCGUAUGAUCGAGACACCAGGAUAUUUUGUUCAUCAAUGGGAUCUCCGCCUGAAAGACCUUAUACCAGCUAACUAUUAUACGCUUGUUUUUGGUGUCUGCUACUCAAUCAUAUUACCGCUCCUCAAAGUAUCUAUCUUGGUAGAAUGGCUACGUGUUUUUUCUCCUCGAGGUUCCCGAUACAAAGGUCUUUUCUGGUGGGGUUGUAUCAUUGUGAUAUUUGUUCAGUCCGCCUCUGGUGUUGCCAUUGCUAUUGCAUUGAAUUUCCAGUGUACCCCACACAAGAAGAUCUAUGAUUUCAGCGUGCAUGGUACGUGUUGGGAAUUGUACAAGGUGCAGGUGUCAUCGGCAAGCAUCCAGCUGGCGUCUGAUGUGGCCAUUAUGUUGCUACCACAACAUGUCAUCUGGAAAUUGAAAAUGUCGUGGCAGAAACGGCUUGGUGUUUCUAUUGUUUUUGGUUUCGGUUUAACUGCAUGCGUUUCAGCAGCCUUCCGGCUGGAAACAACUGUUGCCCAUGCCCACACGUCCGAUGCCAUCUACAGUCUGGCGCCCUUGGUUUUCUGGGCCACUGCUGAAAUCACAUGCGGGUUUUUCAUCGUCUGCUUACCUUGUAUCCCCAAGACACUCAAGGAAACCGGGAUGAUGGACAAGAUCAAGCGAGCAUUUGGCUACAAGGCAAGUUCACAGUAUAAUCACAACGAGAAUUAUUAUCCUGGCAGUGGGCGUCCAUCACAUCACGCCAAGCUGUCGACUACGGGCUCAGAUUCUUACCAUAAGCUUGCUGAAGAGGGAGUGGUGAUGAACAAUAUAAAAGGGUUUGCAUCGACAGAGCGUCUGCAUGAUGGAGUACCGGGCGAUGGCAUCACGCGAACGACCAGAAUCACUGUCUCGCAAAACCCUCGCCUCGAUGUUGAUGACGUCGACCGCAGAGUCUAUCCAUGAGUUAUACAAAUGCUUACGGCUACUUUUUUUUGAAUGGAACAGCAACGAAAAGGGAAAAGUGAAAGUAUAAAAUAGGAAGGAAUAUGAAGAAGAGGCGGAAGAAUCCGAUAGUUUCAAGGCGGGGCGCGGGCUACGGUGUAGGAAGAGAACAAAAAGGAAAUCCCGAAAAC